GUAGCACGUCUUAUCACAAUACUUAGUACAGCUUAUACGGUCGAAGUGUAAAGAUUAUCUUUAAUAUUUAUUAAACGGAAGAUGUCCGAACUACAAAACGUAUCGUGUCUUGGCGGCGGUGUGCAAUUCUGGAAGGAUUUUAUCAAGAUCUAUGAGGAAUCGCCAGCGCUUUGGGAUCCCAGAAGUAUGGCUUACAAAAAGCCAUAUCUCAAGCGUGAAGCCUACACCAAACUACGUGACAAACUGCGCGAAAUCGAUGCCAAUGUACAAAUCGACUAUGUGAAGCGACGCAUAAACGGGCUGAGGUCCUGCUAUAGACGCGAACUGCGACGCAUACAGGACAGCAAGCGGAAGGGUGAUAAUUUGUACCGGCCAACAUUGUUCUACUUCAAAGAGAUGAAUUUUCUCGAUGACGUGCUCGACAUUGAUAUAGAACGCGACGAGCGCGAAGGAAAAAUUGAAAGACGCGGUCGUAAGCCGAACUCAAGCAAUAAGCUUACGAAGAAGCGCGCGCCUCCAGAUUCGACGCAAAGUUCGAGCACCGAUGAAGAUAGCGAAAAGUCUUUAGCAGCCACAACGUCAAAGUCGCCAACAGCGACACAAACACAACAGCAACAGCAAACCGUCGCUACUGCAAGCACACAGCAGUUGAAUGUCUUGCCGCUGCAAAGUACGAGCACCGCUGCUGGCGUUUCCAAUACACCAGCGCUGACAGCAGGGCUUUCGAUUGAAGCACAGACUUUAGGCGCUAGCUGGGUAGCGCUCUAUCAUCGCUUGGAGCGCGAUCAGCAGCUCUAUGCCAAUAAGGCCAUAAUGGAGGUUUUGUAUCAGGGCGCGUUGGGCCGUCUACACGCUGACUCCUACAAAUCGCUGGAGAGUGAUAUGAGCCACAAUUUUCUUGACGAUCAUCGCAUUAUGGACGCGAUCAACGAGGAGUUGGCCGCCGAUUUUAUAACAAAAGCGGAUGUGGAGGGUUUCUAUUGAGAAACUUGUUAUUAUUUUUAUUUUGUGGUUAAUUUUUGAUACACAGGGUUUUUUAUAAGUAUG